AUGGCCGGGAAUGUCAGCUCAUCCGAGUAUGUUAUGGCGGAUGUGGAAAACACGAAUGAACAGGACCGUCCGAAUAUCCAGCAUCAACUGUGGUAUCUCAGUCUCAAUGGAAAUCUUCACAAGACCACACUCUCGGAUACGUCUGAAAAGAUCAACAUCAUCGACAUCGGGACUGGCAACCGCUUCAUUCAACACAACGCGAAUGACUCCGAGUGGCCGUUCGAGCAGUUCCACUUCAUCCAAGCCUGCAUGGUGGAUGCGGGCGUUCAUGACUGGCCGGCGUUUCGAGAGACGUGCUUCCGUCACCUCGUUCCAGGUGGUCGUCUCGAACUGGGCCACGUUACAGAGCCCGCGCGUUCAAAGCUUCCGGAAUUCGACACCCCGAGCGCUUCUCCAUUUCUGAAUCUAAUACAUCUGGUCAUACUUGCCUCAAAGAAGGGUGGUCUUGACUACGAUGUGUCAAGCAAAUACCCGCAAGGUCUCAAGGACGCAGGCUUCGAUGAAGUCGAAGAAACCACCAUCCUGUGGCCACUGGGCAGCUGGCCACAGAAAGACAACGAGCGGAAGAUCGGCGUGCUGAGCUUGAAGAACAAAUUGCUUUGGGUCGAUACGGCGGCCAAGUUCAUCUUGACACACCAAAAUUUCAUGGGAGAUGAGGAAGCGAAUGAUGCGGUGCAGGCUGGUCGGGAUGAUUUGCUCCAGGCUGACAAGAAGCACUUUUACAUCACCAUGAAACUAUUUACCGCCAAGAAGCCUUACUGCCCUGCAUGA